AGUUCUUCAAAUCGAUCUGGCAAGCCCGGAGACGUACAUAUGUAUGCAGGCGAAAUGGCAAUCGCUAGCAACGUCGAAGAAGCGGGGAACGCGGUUCGCGCGGAAAAAGGCAGAAAAUAUUUUUAUUUUCGAAAGAUGAUAGGAGAUUAUAUUGACACCUCUGUUCGCAUUGUGGCCACUGUGUUCCUGGCUGAUUUACUCCGUCGCUUGUACCACUGUGUCAUCGAAUAUGGGAGCAAUGGGCGGUACUAUUUGCCCGAGGAUCGGCUGUGGGUAAUCUUGCGGCGCUCGUGCACGUACAACAACAGGUCGAUAUACCUGAUUGUAGGAUUCGUUCUCGUAGCUUUUUUUCGAAUUUCGGUUACCGGGAAUUACAGGGACGUAGUGCCCACGACGCUGUUUCUGGUCCAUAUGCCGCUCUACUGGAUAUGGAGCUUUAGCGAUAUGGACCACAGCACCCUGAGCUACUCGCACUGGAUACGUGACUCCCAUGGACUGGACUAUGCGGCCGGAAUGGCCUCCAACUACUUUCACGGCUACCUCAAACUUUCACUGCCCGAACGCAAGGAUGAUGGGCUCAAACAACGAAUGGAAAUGUACGAGGACAAGAAUAAUGUUACCUUCGGCAUUAAACGACUGGUUAUCCUCAUUCCCGACGAGAUGUUUGUCAACGGCGUACUAGAAAGCCACUUACUUGACAAAGCUGAGCCCCUGGAGACCCAGUUCAUCAACCGAGCCGGUGUCUAUCGUCCUUUUAAGCACGCUGUCUACAGAAUGAACAAAAAGGUCAAUGGCAGGACCUACUAUUUUGCCAUCGAGGGUGCCACGCCCUUGAUAUCCUUCUUCGAUGCGAUAUAUUCCAACUUGUCGGCCACCUGGCAGAUGCAGGAACUGAAGCGGGAGAUCUGGCUCAAGUUCUACAAGCACCUGAGGGAACUCAUUACUACGUGGCCGGAGACCCGAGACCUCAUAGAGCUCAUCAUCUAUAACUCCCAUGAUAGCAAGGGCAACCUUGUGGAUGUUGGCGAAUUGCUUGUAGCUAAUAUGCAAAACAAAACCAAAACUCUUGACGAAAUUCCCCACUAAGACUUCCAAUCAAAAACGAUUCCAACGUUGACGUUGGAUAGUAAUACCAAAGUUAUUCUAGUGUCUUUGGCAAUACUGACAUACAAUUUUUUGUGAUUAAACAAACAUUAAAGAUUAGAAAGGUGAGUGACACAAACAAACAGCCACACAAACACCAGUUGUUUCAGUUGUCCCAUAGGGCGAUGAUUAUGUGCUGGGUGUUACAACGAAACGAAAUUAAUAUCUUUGAAAAUUGAUGCAAAUUUUAAUUGUAAUGCGCUGUUUGUUUUACUUAAAACUAAUAAAAAUGUUUAGUUUAAAAAAUAA